GUGGUGUCAGCAUACUCCAUGGCUAAUCCGGCAGCCAGCGUGUUGAGAAGGUUUUGCCCGCGUGUAAAACUGACGGGUAGCGCCCGCGUGUGCGUGGCCAUGGAAAUGUUGGGUUGGGCCCGCAUGUCCGAACAAGGAAUACUUCUUUAA